ACUUGACUGUCAUUCUUGUAGUUCCUGUAUUUAUUUUAUUUUAUUGGUACCUCAACAUUUCUGCUGUGACCACCUCACCUUGAAUUUCUUAGUAGGAUGGAUGACCAGCAGAACAUCACAUUCAUGUGGCCAAGUCAUCUUCCUCCAGACAAUCCCAUGAUGAGAAACCUCAAUAGCACAGAGGAGUACUUAGCUUACUUGUGUGGUCCCAAGCGCAGUCGCCUAUCACUACCGAUGACUCUAGUCUAUGCAGCUAUAUUUUUUAUUGGAGUAAUUGGAAACACACUUGUAUGCUUGGUCAUCUUAAAACAUCACAAUAUGAGGACCCCUACCAACUAUUACCUGUUUAGUUUAGCAGUGUCUGACCUCUUAGUUCUGCUCCUUGGGAUGCCUCUUGAAGUGUAUGAAAUGUGGAGCAACUACCCUUUCCUCUUUGGUGCCUGGGGUUGCUACUUUAAAACAGUUCUUUUUGAAACAGUCUGCUUUGCCUCCAUACUAAGUGUCACCACCGUCAGUGUGGAGAGGUAUGUGGCCAUCAUCCAUCCAUUUCAAGCCAAGCUGAAAAGCACUCGGAGCAGGGCUCUCAAAAUCCUGGUCACUCUCUGGAUCUUCUCUAUUCUUUUUUCCAUCCCAAACACCAGCACACACGGUAUUCUACUGCAGUACUUCCCCAAUGGAAGCCUCAUCCCUGAUUCGGCCACUUGCACUGUGGUUCAACCUCUGUGGAUUUAUAACUGCAUUAUCCAAGUGACCUCACUGCUGUUCUAUAUUCUUCCAAUGGGGGUUAUCAGUGUCCUCUACUGUCUGAUGGGAAUAAAACUCAGGGGAGAUCAUUCACUGGAAGCGAAUAAAAUGUCUGUGAAUGUCCAGAGACCAUCUCGGAAAUCUAUCACUAAAAUGCUGUUCGUCUUGGUGAUGGUAUUUGGUGUCUGCUGGGCUCCAUUCCAUGUGGACAGAUUAUUCUUCAGCUUUGUGGUGGACUGGACUGAGCAUUUAGCCAAUGCCUUCAACUUAACCCAUGUGGUGUCAGGAGUCUUCUUCUACCUCAGCUCGGCUGUCAAUCCUUUGAUCUACAAUCUCCUAUCCAGGCGCUUCCGCUCUGCGUUCCAAAAUGUCUUGCCCCAUCUCUUCAAGAGCUGGAAACCCAAGAUUCCUGUGCAGGCAUUAGCCCCCCAGAAGAGAACCCUCAUUUUGGCUGUUCGAAAUCGUAUGGAUUCAGGAGAAGAAGGGAGUCCAACUUUCCCCCACCGCACCUCUGUGUGCAGCUCCCAUCUCUCCACUGUCCUCUGA